CGAACAGCAGAAACACUUCCUGGUUUAAUGAAAGCGGUCAUGUCGAGAAGGAGUGAUGCGGCUUCUGAAACACAGUAGAUAGCUGUGUUAUUAUAGAGACUGGAUAGGUUUGUUUUUGGGAGACAGGGUGAGAAUUGGUUUAAAAAAAAACACACACACAAUGGGUUUACUGACAAUAUUGAAAAAGCUGAAACACAAGGAGCGAGAGAUGCGUCUGCUGAUGCUUGGACUGGACAAUGCUGGGAAAACCACCAUCCUGAAGAAGUUUAAUGGCGAGGAUGUCAGCACCAUUUCUCCAACAUUAGGAUUCAACAUAAAGACACUAGAGCACAGAGGGUUCAAGUUGAACAUCUGGGAUGUGGGGGGUCAGAAGUCCCUUCGGUCAUACUGGAGGAAUUAUUUUGAGAGCACAGAUGGACUGGUGUGGGUGGUGGACAGCGCAGACAGGCUUAGACUGGAGGACUGCAGGAGGGAACUUAGUACACUUUUACUGGAGGAGAGACUUGCAGGAGCCACUCUUCUGGUGUUUGCCAACAAGCAGGAUUUGCCUGGGGCGUUGUCUAAGGAUGCCAUCAGAGAGGCACUCGCUCUGGAUGAGAUUAAAACACAUCACUGGUGUAUAGUGGGCUGCAGUGCAGUGACUGGAGAGAACCUCCUGAUGGGUGUGGACUGGCUCCUGGAUGACGUUGCUGCUAGGAUUUUCACAGCAGACUGAAAUCGGCCAGGUGUUCUACGAUUUAACAAAUUGAAGAAACUUGGUUAUAAACCUAAAGAGGCAUCAUAAUGUACCACUGUCUGCAUGGAUGUGUAGAUCCAAACAGCAAAAAGUCUUGGUGCCUUUGAAGGUCCAUGUUAGCUUUGUGUCUACCCAUCCAAAGCGAAAUGUUCAAAUUAAAGUCUGUUGAAAUAU